AGUCCAAAUGCAGCUUCCGGGCGCUCCGGCUGUAGCACCUUCCGUGAAACGAGGCGGAGCAGCGCAGCCCAAUGUUAAAGAGCUUCUGGAACGGCAGCAAGCAUUGUCUGCGAGGUUGGAGGCGCAUCUUCGAGAAGUCCGGGCCAAAGCUGCCAGGAAAGUGGGUGUGACCAACGCGUCGGACAACGCCGGCCAAUCUGCGGAAGAAGAGAAGGAAGACUUGUCCAAACUGAAGGCCGAGCUCAGAGCCACGCGCGUGGAGGUGACGCAGCUGGGACGUAAAGCCAGGUUCGAAGAUGUCAUCGGCUUGGACAGGGCCAAGGAAGCCAUUCGAGAGGCCAUCCUGUGGCCAGCCAUGGCAAAUCCAGGACUGUUCUCUGGUGUGCGAAGUGGACCUAAGGGAUUGCUCUUGUACGGUCCCCCGGGCUGUGGCAAGACCAUGCUGGCACGCGCCGCGGCCGUGGAGUUGGAGGAGGACGCCAGCUUCUUCCAUGUUCGCCCGGGCGACGUGAUGUCCAAGUUCUAUGGGGAGUCGCAACGACGGGUCCAGGCCCUUGAGGAAGUGGUGCGAGAAGCGGCGCCGGCAGUGGUCUUCUUGGAUGAGGUGGAUUCCCUCCUGGGCAGCCGGGAUGCUGGAGGCGUGGCGGAGCACCAUCGCUCGACGACCAAUGCACUGUUGGCGUGGAUGGAUGGAUUUGGCACUGGUGAGGAGCGCAUCUUCUUUCUGGGUGCAACCAAUCGGGCUGAGGCCAUCGACGAGGCGGCUCUGCGGCGCUUCGGUGAGGCUGUGGAGGUUGGGUCGCCUUCGUUGGAGGCGCGGAUUGCACUGGUAAGACAUCUGCUCUCGAAGGCCAAGCAGGAUGGACAUCGAGCUGAGUUGUCCGACCAGGACUUGCAGGUGGUGGGAGAUAAGAUGAACGGCUUCUCGCUGGCGGAUGUGGACCGAAUGGUGCGCAAGGCUUUUCUGCAGGUGCUUCGAGAGCUGCCGGACCUGCGGGGCGUGGGCCCUGCAGAUGUACCACCAGUGACGCUGAAGCACUUUCAGUCUGCCAUGGACGCCUCCAGUGGCACCUCAGCCCUGCGGGAGAUGCUCCGUCGACGGGCUGAUACGCGAUCCUCCCUGUGAGCAUCCUGCGACGCGACGUUAUCCCA